UCCAACGUCGCACAUGCGUUGGGCAAAAUCGGUCUUUUUCCGGUUGGAUCUAACUGAUCCACAGCAAUUCUUUUUAUUUCUAGUGAAAUCCAUCUACAUCCAAAAUGGUGAAUUUCAGUAUUGAUGAGGUCCGAGCAUGUAUGGACAAAAAAAAGAACAUCCGGAACAUGUCCGUGAUUGCUCACGUCGACCAUGGAAAAUCUACUCUCACUGACUCCCUGGUGUCCAAGGCCGGUAUUAUUGCCGCCUCCAAGGCCGGUGAGACCAGAGCCACCGAUACCAGAAAGGACGAACAGGAGAGAUGUAUCACCAUCAAAUCUACCGCCAUCUCCAUGUACUUCGAGAUGUUGGCCAAGGAUAUUGCCUUCAUCAAGCAAGAGAAGGAAGAUACCCCUGGAUUCUUGAUUAAUUUGAUCGACUCUCCCGGUCACGUUGAUUUCUCCAGCGAGGUCACCGCUGCUCUGCGUGUUACUGACGGAGCUCUUGUCGUCGUCGACUGUGUCUCAGGUGUGUGUGUCCAAACCGAGACUGUACUCAGACAAGCUAUUGCUGAGAGGAUUCGUCCCGUUCUUUUCAUGAACAAAAUGGACAGAGCUCUUCUCGAGCUUCAGCUUGGACAGGAGGAACUCUACCAGACCUUCCAGAGGAUUGUUGAGAACGUCAACGUCAUUGUUGCCACCUACUGUGACGACGAUGGACCUAUGGGAGUUGUCCGUGUGGAUGUCAACAACGGUUCCGUUGGAUUCGGAUCUGGGCUCCAUGGAUGGGCUUUCACCCUUAAGCAGUUCGCUGAGAUGUAUGCUAGCAAGUUCGGAGUUGAUGUUGACAAAAUGAUGAAGAAGCUUUGGGGAGAGAAUUUCUUCAACUCCAAGACAAAGAAGUGGAGCAAGACCAAGGACGAGGACAACAAGAGAUCCUUCUGCAUGUACGUAUUGGACCCCAUCUACAUGGUGUUCGACGCCAUCAUGAACUUCAAGAAGGAGGAGACAGCCAAGCUGUUGACCAAGCUUACCACCACCGAGGGCAAGGCUGUUAAAGAUAUCCUGAAGGUUGAUGAGCUUGAGCUUGAAGGAAAGCCUCUGAUGAAGGCUGUUAUGAGGAACUGGCUUCCUGCUGGAGAAGCUAUGUUCCAGAUGAUAGUAAUUCAUCUUCCCUCUCCUGUUACCGCACAGAAAUACAGAGCUGAGAUGCUGUACGAGGGACCUGCUGAUGACGCAUGCUGCAUGGGGAUUAAGAACUGUGACGCUAAUGCUCCUUUGAUGAUGUACAUCUCCAAGAUGGUGCCCACCUCUGACAAGGGACGUUUCUACGCAUUCGGUCGUGUGUUCUCUGGCAAGAUUAGUACUGGUAUGAAGGCUAGAAUUAUGGGACCCAACUAUGUUCCCGGCAAAAAGGACGAUCUAUACGAGAAGACUAUCCAGAGAACUAUCCUUAUGAUGGGAGGCAAGGUUGAAGCCAUCGAAGAUGUCCCUGCUGGAAACAUCUGUGGACUGGUCGGAGUUGAUCAGUUCCUCGUCAAGACCGGAACCAUCACCACCUCCAAGGAGGCCCACAACAUGAAGCAGAUGAAGUUCUCUGUCUCUCCCGUCGUCAGAGUUGCUGUUGAGCCCAAGAAUCCCGCUGAUCUGCCCAAGCUGGUCGAAGGAUUGAAGAGAUUGGCCAAGUCUGAUCCUAUGGUCCAAUGUAUGAUUGAGGAGUCUGGAGAGCAUAUUAUUGCUGGAGCUGGAGAACUCCAUCUUGAGAUCUGCCUCAAGGAUCUGGAAGAGGAUCACGCUCAGAUCCCUCUCAAGAAGUCCGACCCCGUGGUUUCCUACAGGUGUCCUGAGAACGCCGUUGGAGGAAUCUACGGAGUGCUGAACAGAAGGAGAGGACACGUAUUCGAGGAGGCUCAGACUCCCGGAACCCCUAUGUUCGUCGUCAAGGCUUACCUACCUGUCAACGAAUCCUUCGGUAAGGAUGGUUUUAUUCAACUAAACACACCUUUUACAUUUUUUUAUUUCCAGGGUGAGGUUAACCCCAGAGACGACUUCAAGAUCCGUGGAAGAUAUCUUGCCGACAAAUACGAUUACGAUAUCACUGAAGCCAGAAAGAUCUGGUGCUUCGGUCCCGACACCAAUGGACCCAACAUCCUUGUCGAUUGUACCAAGGGAGUCCAGUACCUCAACGAGAUUAAGGAUUCCGUCGUUGCUGGAUUCCAGUGGGCCAGUAAGGAGGGAGUUCUCUGCGACGAGAACUUAAGAGCAGUCAGGUUUAACAUUUAUGACGUUACCCUUCACGCUGAUGCUCUUCAUGCUGACGCUAUUCACAGGGGUGGUGGUCAGAUUAUCCCAACCUCAAGAAGAGUUAUUUACGCUUCCAUGUUGACCGCCAAGCCCGCAAUGAUGGAACCUGUUUAUCAAGUUGAAAUUCAGUGUCCUGAGAACGCCGUUGGAGGAAUCUACGGAGUGCUGAACAGAAGGAGAGGACACGUAUUCGAGGAGGCUCAGACUCCCGGAACCCCUAUGUUCGUCGUCAAGGCUUACCUACCUGUCAACGAAUCCUUCGGAUUUACCGCCGAUCUUCGCUCCAACACCGGUGGACAGGCCUUCCCUCAGUGCGUAUUUGAUCACUGGCAGAUUAUGCCCGGAGAUCCCCUUGAGGUUGGAAGCAAGGUGAACCUUAUUGUUGAGGCCUGCAAGGUGAGGAAGGGAUUGAAACCUGGAAACCCAUCUCUUGACAACUACUACGACAAACUAUAAUCUGCUGUCAGCGCAAAAAUUUAGGAUAAUUUGAUUUUGCGUUUAAACCCCGAACCUUCGGGGUUAAUUAUUUUUCUAAUUAUUUGUACAAUACAAGAAACUACGGAUAUUUGCCCUGACAAGCCGUUUAUUGAAAAUAUAUUCCAUCGUAUGUAAAUUGUUGCGGUGAUGCUCCAAUAAAGCUUAAAAUAUAUACAUUCUUUGUCGUCAAA